AUGCGAAAAGCUUUAGAAGGAGCUUUGGAUCGUGCGGAGUAUGUCAUUGAAAGUGCCCGACAGAGACCUCCUCCACGGAAAGACUCCUCUAGUGGGGGAAGAUCUCUCCAUGAAAAACUGUAUGACAUAUAUGUUGAAGAAUGUGGAAAAGAGCCCGAGGUUACGGAGGAAUUAAUAAGCAAUGUGAACUUGUUAGAGAAGCUUCUGAUGAGGGAGUCAUUGUCGUGUUUAGUGGUCAACCUGUACCCAGGAAAGGAGGGCUAUUCGCUGAUGCUCAAGGGAUUAGAUGGCUCUUAUUCAGAGACCAUUCGCUUGCCUUACGAAGAAGGGGAACUGCUUGAAUACUUGGAUGCAGAAGAAUUACCUCCUGUUUUGUUGGAUCUCCUGGAAAAAUGUCCGGUUAACAUGUUUCACAGUGGGUGUGUCAUAGCAGAAAUACGGGACUAUAGGCAGUCCAGUAAUACGGAAGGCCCGGGUUACCAAAGCAGGCAUAUUCUCUUACGUCCCACGAUGCAGACGUUAGCCUGCGACGUAGAGUCCAUUACCAGCGAUAACCAGAAAUGGACCCAGGAAGACAAACUGUUGCUUGAGAGCCAGCUGAUCUUAGCGACAGCUGAACCACUGUGUCUUGAGCCUUCUGUAUCGGUGGCCUGCACUGCAAACAGGCUGCUGUAUAACAAGCAAAAGAUGAACACUUACCCAAUGAGAAAGAGCUUGAAGCGGUAUUCUGCAGCCUCCCUGAGUCGGCAGCAAAAGCUGCCUCCUCAGCCAUCACCUCCUGAGCUAAGAGUAUUGACUUCUUGCAAAAAAAGCAAAGAAAGUAAAGCAGGCCUCAGGAUUUCCGAAGCAGGAAAUUGUGUAGAUACGUGGAAACAGCGACCCUGUGACUUGGAGGUCCCUUCUGAAGUGGACGUGGAGAAAUAUGCUAAAGGGGGGAGGUCUGUCAAAUAUGAUGACACAGAACCGACAGUCUGGCCAGCCCAGGAGUCCGACGAUGCUUCUCUAUUUGGAUGUGAAGCUGGCGAUCGGUCCCAGACGACCAAGCUGACCUUCGUGCAGCCGCUCAGUGAUUCACUUUUCUAUGGACAAAGCAAGUCACGUCAAGAAGCCACAUGUGAGACACCGCUGUCUCACCCACACUCUUCCCCAGAUGACCAUUCAAAUAGUUUGAUGCCUGCAUUAAAGACUGAUGCUGGCAAGGUAGUCGGUGGGUCCGAGGAAUUGCUACAGAAGAACACUGAACGUCCAGUCCAGACGUCACUCAGCUCCAGUGGCUCAGCCAGUCUCAGCCAACUUUCUCCAGGGAAAGAAGCAGAACAGCCUCAGGCCACAUCAUCAGUACUGGGGAAGGGAGUGAAACACAUACCUCCAGCCACCAGACUUCCCUGGAGCUCCGGAAAGAGUUCCUCAGGUAACAGUUUCACUCCACAGCAGGCAAGCCCCUUUCCUAAACCUCCAUUUCCUGCUCCUGCGUCCGAGGCACCAGGUCUUGCCCAGAAAUCGUCUGUGGAAGUGAACCCAGUCAGCACACUCCCUGCAGCCACGCUGUUCCCUGCCAGCUCAUCACUAAGAGCCCUGGUCACCCAGGUCAAGGCCAACUAUGCUGGCCUCAAAGUCAUCAAAGUGGUGAGUCCUGUUGUUGGAACCCAGACUGUGGUGAGACGUUCCAACCCAGUGCAGCGCUCUACCGUUGGGGCCAGGGAUCCUUCAGGCGUGAACGCCAGCAGGCUGUCCUCAGGAGGCCAGCCACCAAAUGCACAGUCCGCUGCACCGCAGGCUCCUUCUCCAACGGGUGCACAGUAUAUUUUAAAACCCGCUUCAGAUCUCAGGCCCUUAACUCUACUCCAGGUCCCACCAGGUUCAGUCAUUUUGAACACCCAGCAGCAGGCCCGGCAGCCACAGCAGUGGCUAUGUCAGGUGAUUCCAGGGCAACAACAUCAGUGGCCCUCCACUUCUCAUUGUCAGCAGCCAGUGUCGCAGGGUUCAAGUGCACAAGAUUCAACCCGUCAAAACCCAGCCUCAUCUGCUCAGCACGCUGUUGUCGUCAACCUCAGUGAAAUGGGAAGAGGCCGAGGCCGCAUUCUGCAGGCCCGGGCCACCGUGUUCAGCAGCAGCAGCAGCAGCAGCAGCAGCAGCAGCAGCAACAAGAGCAGCAGCAGCAGCAGCUGGGCCUGGGCCGCGCAUGCCCCCAGCAGUCGCGCGCUCACUGGCCUGACGACCGUUACGUGCCUGUGUGUGCACGAGGCCGCGUGCUGCGUCGGAUACCUCACGUGCUCCUCUGCUUCUGUCUCGCGACUUCCGGUCACUCCUCGCGCCAUCUUGCGCGAGGAGGUGACGCACCUGGGUGAGAGUCCCAGCGAGGUCGGUGCUGGACAGAGAUCGGUGCGCAGCAGUGUGUCUCUCGGUGUGGCACAGUGUGACUGUCAGUGUGGGACACUGAGUCCCGGUGCGGGACAGUGCGAGGCCCUGUCCAGGACAGAUUCGAGGCCCUGUCCAGGACAGAGUGAGAUCGGCACGCGACAGAGCGAGGCCCAGUUCGGGACAGUUCGAGGCCCUGUCCAGGACGCAGCGAAAUCGGUACCAGGCAGUCCCGGGGCGGGACAGUGCAAAUCCCGGUGCGGGAUAGUGCGAGUCCCUGUCCAGGACAGAGCGAGAUCGGUGCGUCAGCGCGACGCCCGGUGCGAGACAGAUCGAGAUCUCUGCGGGCCAGAGAAAGACUGGUGA